ACUUUCAAACUCAGCACAAGAACUAUAUACCGUCUGGAGGGCAGGAGUUACAAAACACUAACAUCUGUGGGAUUUUAUACUUCUCUGAAACAUCCGAAAAAAAAGAGUGCAGCCUUUUCUAACUCUUUUUCUUUCUUUUACGAUUCGUUUCAUUUGGGUUACUGGUCAGUCUGUAUUUAAAGUAGCUUAAAGUAGCAAAGAGACGUCCUGGUGUUGCUUCUAUCCAAAGACAACUGCGUGCUUUAACCGUGGUGGUCUUGCUGGAAUGAAUAUAUCUGAGUCUAGUUGCUGUCAAGAGGCCAGUUCUCAGCCCAGGCCGGUUGCGGAGCGUGGGACAUGGGGUGCCUCUUCCAGCACUCCGGGCCCUGACCGGGGACAUGGUUUUGACCGCAGCCGGACCACAGAGCUGGCGCCGGUGCCCGGCUCUGGAACACGGAUGGGGUCCCAAACCGGAGCAGAGGCCAGGACGGGAAGCCCGGACUCAACCCGCCCUGGAGCUCUGACCCUGGGCUCCGGCGAGGGGAAAUCAGGGGGGGAUUCGAGGAUCAGGAGGCCGAUGAAUGCCUUCAUGGUGUGGGCUAAAGAUGAGCGCAAACGUCUGGCCCUCCAGAACCCAGACCUGCAUAACGCCGUGCUCAGUAAGAUGCUGGGUCAAUCCUGGAAGGCUCUAAGCACACUAGACAAGCGUCCGUUUGUGGAGGAAGCCGAAAGACUCCGUUUGCAGCACCUCCAGGAUCACCCGAACUACAAAUACCGUCCUCGCCGCAAGAAACAGCCCAAGAAGAUGAAACGAGUGGAACCGGGUUUGCUCCUCCAAGGCCUCGCUGGCGGCCCGGGACCAGGAGAUGCCUACUCGCCACAUCGCCAUGCACAUCAUCUGCUGCCUCCUCUGGGACACUUCCGAGACCUCCCCCCCUCCGGAGCUCCAGAGCUGGAAAGUUUUGGCCUGCCGACGCCGGAGAUGUCACCGCUGGACGUGUUGGAGGAGGGAGGCGGAGAUUCAGUGUUUUUCCCCCCUCACAUGCAGGAAGAUGUGGGUCUGGGUUCGUGGAUAAACUACCACCAGCAUCCAAACCAUCAGACUGGCCACCACCCUCACCACAACUCCCAUAACCUCCAGCAUUCCCACCCACACCUCAACCAGAAGUCUCCGCUGGCCUGCCUCCCACUGCAGGAGAAAUGCUUGGUUGUGGAGCCCACGAACCUUAACGGGCUCUACCCCAACAUGAGCCUCCCAGAAUCCUCCAAGGCUCCUCACACUCCCACACCUGCAGGCUAUUACGGUCAGAUAUACGGGAGCAGUCAGUCCCAGCCUGCCUUCACCUCUCAUCUGGGCCAGCUGUCUCCACCGCCCGAGACCUCGGCAGUCGCUCAGGUCGCUCCGCCCUCUCUGGACGCUGUGGACCAGCUGGGACCCUCGGCUGAGUUCUGGGGCGAAGUGGACAGGAUUGAGUUCGACCAAUACCUGAGCGCGAGCAGGACUCGAUUGAGCAGGAACGCCCCUUGCGAGGAGAGCAGCGCUUUGAUAUCAGCCCUGUCCGACGCCAGCAGCGCCGUCUACUACAGCGCGUGCAUUACGGGAUAAAACCGCUUCUCCACGCAGUCCUGAAGUCUGGUGCACAUAUGGCUUUUUUUUUGAGUCUCAGAUCUUUUUGAUUUAUUCGAGUUACCUUCUUCAGGGAAUCAUCUUGCCCGGUUUCACGAAUCACUGGAGGUUACUGAACUCUAUACAGGAUGGUUCUCACUGUAUAGACUUCACUAAAUUGCAUUUCACAGUAUGAUUAGUCAUUUCUGGUCUUGAUAACCUGUACUUUCUGAGACUGUGGCCGAUUUAACCGAUAAUUUUGCUGACUCCAUCCAGCUACUGUAUGCUUACGGUCUCAAAUGAGGGUACUGGGACGUGGAAGUCAAGAAUGUGAAUAUUUUUGCAAUGCAUAUAUAUAGAUAUGUGUCUUUUUAUUUGCUUUUUAUAUUGUUUAUUUCUAUUUUUAUAGACAUUUUAUAUAAGGUUGUAUGAGAAUAUGUUUUGCACUGGGUAUGUGAAAACCACUCAAGACUUUUAUACUGCACUUAAUAUCUUUCAAAUACUCUUUUUUUUUCAUGACAUCUGACGUAUUUUGAUCCAUUGGCGACUAAUAAUUUAUCUCGCAUUCUUCCCUUCUGUGUGGUUGAAUAUGUUUGAAUUGGGCAUUUCAUGUGGACAUGAAAUUUUGUAAUCCUUUUAGCACUUGAGGAACAUGUUGCGUUGGUAAUAACUCUCCCCCUUUUGGUAAUAAUUAUCUUCAAAUAAAAAGAGUUUGCAAUAAAAAAUGUCUCAGAGCUAUUAAAUCAAAGCAAUUAAAUUGAAAACACACAAUUGUACAUAGUAUUUCACUAACACACUUUCCCACACCACAGAGUGCAUGUGCUUUUCAAUGUGUUUUUUCUUCUUCUUAAAAUAGUUUUAAUAAUAAAAAAAUGUAUUACACAGCAAAAUGUAUC